GCGCAUGCGCUCGGCGGCCAGCGCAGGCUUCUCGCUGCGGUGCCUCGACUGGGGAUGAGCCCGGGGAGGGGUGGUGCCGGCCGGAGGCACCUCUCCUCCCGCGCCCCCUUCACAGGCACCCUAUAUAGGCAAGGCCGCGCAUCAAGGUCCGCCUGCUGCCGGGGGCUCGGCCGGAGACCGUUUUGUUCCACCUGAAAGAAUUAAAUGAUUGAAACUAUAAAUACGUAGAGUUUCUUCUUGCGAGCAGUCAGUGUCAGUAUGGAGGUGUAGGCACCUUAGAAGGGACAGUAGUCUGAACUCUGGGAGGUAGUUCUGUGCACAAGUAAAGAAAAUAUUUUUUUUUUAAUUUAAUCCAAGGAUUCUGUUUCCUUCUCUAUGCCAUAAACAUGGCAUACAGAAAAAAAUUAAUGCAACAGUAUAAAGCAUUAGAAUGUCCUGACAUAAGGCAAUUCAUUUAUGUUACAUUUGAUAACUCUAUACUUGUAACUAAGGCACCAGGCUAAAACUGAAAUGCUCUGUUCAGUUUGUGCUGACACUGCUGAAGGUAGAAAAGCCUGGGGCUGUUCCAGACUUGUUUAAUUAAGACAGGUCACCCUCAUCAGAGACAGUGUAUAGGAUUUGUUUAUCUCAUAGCUGAGUAUUUGUUUUAUGUGAAGUUGAGUAUAAACUAACUUCUUUAGCCUUAACAACAACUACAAUAUGCAGAAUUGAGAUUUUUUUUUUUUUAAAUCUACUAGUAGCAAAUAUACCAGAUCAGUUCAGUAGUGGUAACCCAGGGACAUUUUUUUCUUAUUCCUUUGAAGCUUGAUAAAACAUUAUUUUCAGCCUCCUAAAGAGGUUUACAAACUAGAAUCUUUACAUGUGUAUAAGCUGCAUAUUUAUAAGAUGUGUAGGGUGAAAUAGUUCUUAAAUCACUUAACGUAUGUUCUAGUUAAAAAUUAGGUCAUUUUAGUUUGCCCCCAUUUUAUUUUCUUUAUUAACAAAGCCUAUUUGAGGUUUUCCUCCUCUGGAUCCCAUCUCCACUAGCCUAACAAAUUGAUAGAGCUCUCCCAUGUAUACAGCACAAGGAAAGCAUGUGAUGCCUAUACCUUUCAAGGGAAAGUCCUUUUUGACAUGCUUACUUCAGUUGUCAAAGUGGACUGGUGCAGCCUUGGCACCAAAAGCAGUUGUGUAAACUAAGAUAUGAGAACGUCCCAAAUGUUUAAAGGCUAUUAAUCCUGAGGCUAAUUUUGUUCACAUACACAUUCAAAGUUGCACACUAAAGUAUUUCAUUUUCAGGUUCUUACUUUUGUACAGGCAGGGGUUAUUGCAAAUUGCACACAACUACCUCCCAGAGGAAGACUUGUCCCGUUGUUCAUAAUGGACUGUUUUGGGAAGAUAAUGGAAAAUAGCCCUUUCUUGGCUAGCGUAAUGAAGCAGAAUUCUUUUAGCUGUGAACUGAAGUACGACUUGUCCUGUGAACUCUACAGAAUGUCAACGUUUUCUACUUUCCCCCGUGACGUGCCAGUGUCAGAAAGGAGUCUUGCUCGUGCUGGAUUUUACUAUACUGGUGUGCAAGAUAAAGUUAAGUGCUUCGACUGUGGCUUAACAUUGGACAACUGGCAACCAGGAGAUAAUGCUAUGGAAAAACAUAAGCAGCUGUACCCUAGCUGCAGUUUUGUUCAAAGCACGCUUUCAGUUAAUAACCUUGGACUGUCCUCUCGUUCUGCCUGUUCACCUCUGGUUACAAACAAUCUCUCACCAUCUCUACAUUCCGGAACACUGUCUCCAAGUUUAGAACAAGUUGAAUAUUUCAGUGGCUCUUUUUCAAGUUUUCCUCAAGACCCGCUAACUACUAGAGCAGUUGAAGACCUUCCAUUCUUGAGACCUAAACUUCACAAUCCUUCUAUGAGUAAAGAAGAGGAUAGACUACGGACUUUUCGUUCAUGGCCACUAACAUUUCUCUCACCUGUUGACCUGGCAAAGGCUGGACUUUAUUAUUUGGGAACAGCAGAUAAAGUUGCUUGUUUCACCUGUGGUGGUCAGCUGAGUAACUGGGAACAAAAAGAUAAUGCUAUGUCAGAGCAUCGUCGACACUUUCCUAACUGCCCUUUCAUGGCCCGAGAGCGGCCAAGUUUCAUGGUUGCAAAUGUGAGCAUGCAAACGCAUGAAGCACGUGUUAAAACAUUCAUAAAUUGGCCAACCAGAAUUCCAGUUCAGCCUGAGCAGCUUGCAGAUGCUGGCUUUUACUAUGUAGGUCGCAACGAUGAUGUCAAGUGUUUUUGCUGUGAUGGUGGGUUAAGGUGCUGGGAAUCUGGAGAUAAUCCAUGGAUUGAGCAUGCAAAGUGGUUUCCAAGGUGUGAGUAUCUGCUUCGUGUGAAAGGAGGAGAAUUUGUAAGUCAAAUUCAGGCCAGGUUCCCCCAUCUUCUUGAACAGCUCUUGUCAACCUCUGAUACGCCUGUAGAUGAAAACAUUGAUCCCCCAAUUAUUCAUUUUGAACCUGGAGAGAGUCGUUCAGAAGAUGCGAUCAUGAUGAACACACCUGUGGUUAAAGCUGCCUUGGAGAUGGGAUUCAGUAGAAGGCUAGUAAAACAAACAGUGCAGAGUAAAAUCUUGACCACUGGAGAAAACUACAAGACUGUGAAUGAUCUUGUAUCUGAUCUCCUCACUGCUGAAGAUGAGAAGAGGGAAGAAGAAAAAGAAAGACAAUUUGAGGAAGCGGCAUCAGAUGAUUUGUCCUUAAUCCGGAAGAAUCGAAUGGCUUUAUUCCAGCGUCUGACCUGUGUACUUCCAGUCCUUGGGAGCUUACUGUCAGCUAAAGUGAUAACGAAACUUGAGCAUGAUGUUAUUAAGCAAAAGACUCAGACACCACUGCAAGCAAGGGAACUGAUAGAUACCGUUUUAGUCAAGGGAAAUGAAGCAGCCAGCAUAUUCAGAAAUUGUCUACAAGAUUGUGACCCUGUUCUAUACAAAGAUUUAUUUGUGGAGAAGAACAUGAAGUAUGUUCCCACAGAAGAUGUUUCAGGUUUACCUAUGGAAGAACAAUUAAGAAGACUGCAAGAGGAAAGAACAUGUAAAGUUUGCAUGGACAAAGAAGUUUCUAUUGUUUUCAUUCCAUGUGGUCACCUGGUGGUAUGCAAAGAAUGUGCACCAUCCCUAAGGAAAUGCCCUAUUUGCAGGGGGACAAUAAAGGGUACAGUUCGUACAUUUCUUUCCUGAAGAGUGAAACUUGCAAAAUGUCUUGUUCCUGUCAUCCUCUAACUGCUGAAGCUUAAGCCAGCAGUGCCUUAAUAAUGGAAAAUUGUGGCGCACAAGAUGAUUAAUCAACUUCCUAGCACCGUUGUGUAAUAGUAAGCUGUAUCAUCAUUAUAGGUUUACUAAGUCUUCCUUGCCAAAGACUAUUUAUGUGCAUAAAAUUGAGACUGAGGUGAGGUUUUAGUAGCUUUACUUUCUGAGUAAGUUUCACUAAUAUGCCCUUGUGGCACUUUGAAUAAGGGAAAAACCUUCCUGGUUGAGUUCCUAAAAUGGAGCUUGGCAUAACUCUUCUCAUGACUUUCCUCAAUGUGGAUGUGAGGAAAUAAAAAAGAUUGCUGUUUGUUAAUGAUUAAUAUUGAUUAAUUUCAUCUACUGUUUUGGUUUUGUUUUGGCUUUCCUGUGGGCUUGAAGAAAAAAGAGGCUAACUGUUGCAGGAACAGCAGGACUUAUUUAAAGUUUUGUUCAUGUCUAGAUACUUGUGUAAUGUGUAUUAAUAACAGUUUAUUGCAGACUGAAUUAAAAUAUUUCUACUUCUAAAA